GGGUGUCAGCCUGGAUUGUGUUCAUUGAGAGAAACCUUAUUUUUUAACUGUGCUAUGGAAUAGAAGCAGGAGGGUUUUCCACCAAGUGACAGUCACUGAGCUGAACUUACCCCCUCCUCCUUUCCACACCUGCAAAGCCUUUUGCCUGGGUUGAAUAUUUAGUUUAAUUACAUCUCAGCUUUGAGAGCUCCUGUUGCAAAUCCCUGGAUUAAAAGGUUCUGCCCGGAGUCCAUGAACUAAGCCAUGAAGCUGUCUCUUCUCUUCGUCCUACUGCUGCCAGCAUGCUUGGCCAAGCCGUUCCACCAGCAGGGCCUCUUUGACUUUAUGCUGGAGGAUGAAGGGUCGGCCGAUAUGCCUCCAACAGAUGAUCCCGUCAUAUCUGGAUUUGGACCAGUGUGCCCCUUCCGCUGCCAGUGCCAUCUUCGCGUGGUGCAGUGCUCUGACCUAGGUUUGGAAAAAGUGCCAAAAGACCUUCCUCCUGACACAACUCUGCUGGAUUUACAGAACAACAAAAUCACUGAAAUUAAAGAAGGAGAUUUCAAGAACUUGAAGAAUCUUCAUGCAUUGAUCCUUGUUAACAACAAAAUCAGCAAAAUAAGCCCAUUAGCUUUUGCUCCUCUGAAGAAACUGGAAAGACUUUACCUGUCCAAGAACAACCUGAAGGAACUCCCAGAAAACAUGCCGAAGUCUCUUCAGGAGAUCCGGGCUCAUGAGAAUGAUAUCUCCAAGUUGAGGAAAGCCGUCUUUAACGGACUGAAUCAAGUGAUUGUCUUAGAACUAGGCACCAAUCCUAUCAAGAGUUCAGGCAUUGAAAAUGGAGCUUUUCAGGGGAUGAAGAGGCUCUCCUACAUCCGUAUUGCAGACACCAACAUUACUAGCAUCCCAAAAGGCCUUCCCCCAUCCCUUACUGAACUUCACCUUGAUGGCAACAAAAUCAGCAAAAUUGAUGCUGAAAGUCUGUCUGGACUCACCAACUUGGCAAAAUUGGGUCUCAGCUUCAACAGUAUUUCUUCAGUUGAAAAUGGGUCUCUUAACAACGUACCUCAUCUGAGAGAGCUCCAUUUGAACAACAAUGAACUUGUCAGAGUACCUGGUGGGCUGGGUGAACACAAAUAUAUUCAGGUGGUCUAUCUUCAUAACAACAAAAUUGCUUCAAUUGGUAUCAACGACUUUUGCCCUCUUGGCUACAACACCAAAAAGGCUAGCUAUUCUGGUGUGAGUCUCUUCAGCAACCCCGUGCAGUACUGGGAAAUCCAGCCCUCUGCUUUCCGAUGUAUCCAUGAACGCUCUGCAGUACAGAUUGGAAAUUACAAAUAGAUGUCUGAAGAAGGAGUUCGGUUGUGUUUCAGCUAAAGUACCUGUUGUAAUAGGCCUGUUCAAAAAAUUGUUGCUAACAAUUAAUGCCAAAUACCAGAAACUUCACUUUAAAGUGGAGAUGGUCCAUUGAUGUAGAAUAAAUGAAUGAUUACAGAUGUACAAGAUCAAGCAUACCAUGAAAAGAAUUGCCAACUGUGCUUUUAACUGACUUAUUUCAGCCUUCUUUUCCAGCAUGCUUUCUGUGGUAUUUUUCAGUUUUCUGAAUGCUACAGGUUUUAAGAUUCCACUGUAUAUGAGAUUCGGAGUAAAUAUUUGUCAAGCUAUGAUAUAAAAAAAAAAAAAAAGAUAGUGAUUGAGGUUAUUUUUAUAGCCACACACACACGAAAAAAUAGUAGAGGGAAAAAGGA